AUGGAUGCGCCGAAAGAGAAGCGCGUGCGCACUGACGCGACAGAGACCAAGGAGCGUCGUGCCCACGAGUCUGCUGCACUCUAUACUCCGUUUCGUGCGCUUGGAUACGUGACCAACGGCGUGCCAUUUCUAUUGCAAACACGAUUCGGCGGCAAGGAUGCACAGACGCCCGACGUGACAAUCAUAACGUGUUUGGGCGACGCUUGGGCAAUGUGGAAUGCGGAGCGCAUGACACUCUUAUUUGUAGGGCCUUUGCUACCGGAUGCAGUUACGAGCAUGGCCAUCUCGACGUCGCCAGAUAGCGUGCUCGUCGCGGCAGGAACAAGAGUGCAUCGCUACGUGCGUGGAAAAGAGGUGGCCGUGUACAGCACAGAAGAUGAGGAAGGAGGUACGUCUGGCACUCCUCUGUCUUCUCUUGCUGUGUUUGGCGACAUGGUCGUUGCACUAGCAGCCGAUGGGCGCGCCGCGUUCGUCUGGUCGCUCGCCACGAUCGAGCUGCAGCACACGCUGUGCUUCCCCACAGGCUUUACCGCCGCGAGUCUUGUCCAUCCUGCCACCUACUUGAACAAGAUCGUAAUUGGGAGCAUUGAAGGUGCAUUGCAGCUGUGGAAUGUGCGCACAGGCACCCUGGUCUACGCAUUUUCUCCCGCGUCACUCCGCGGCGCGGAGUGUGCGGCAGGCAUUGUCGCGCUGGAGCAGUCGCCAGCGGUCGAUAUCGUAGCCGCGGCAUACGCUGAUGGUCUUGUACUCCUCUACGAUGUGGGCCUUGCCGAAUGCCUCUUUUCCGUGCGCGUCGAAGGCGGCCUUGGGCCUGGCUGUGUCGCAUUCCGCACCGACGGCGAAGCGCAUACCCUCGCUCUCGGCACACGCGCGGGCUCGCUUGUACUUUUCGAUCUUGCCGCCGUGGAAGACGGCGGCAAUGGCGCUGCGCCGCGUCUUUUGCAUUCGAUUCAACACGCACACGACGGUCCCAUUGGCGGCAUUGCCUUUGUGCCUGGCCAGCCGCUUCUGAUUACGUCCGGUACGGAUAAUGCGCUGAAAGAAUGGUUCUUUGAAUCACCCACACUGCCGCCACGACUGCUGAAAUCGCGCAGCGGCCACGCCUUGCCGCCGCACCUGGUCCGGUACUAUGGCGAGGACGGGCGGAAUAUAUUGUCCGCCUCGCGCGAUCGGAGCCUCCGGUGCCUGUCUGUCGUGCGCGAUAGCCGCUCUUUUGAGCUGAGCCAAGGUUCUGUCGAGAGCAAAGCCAACAAACUUGCGCUCGACGCGACAUCUUUCAAACGCGCGCCGAUCGCGUCGCUGUCGUACAGCACGACGCGCUCGCGCGACUGGGACGAUGUGCUGACCGCGCAUGCCAACGACCGCUUUGCACAUACAUGGACCGUGCGCGAUAAGCACAUGAACAAAGCCCCGCUCAGCGCCGCGCCAAGCAAGAAGCACGCGGCGGUUGCGACGGCGGCGUGUGUGAGUGCCUGCGGCAAUUUCGGCUUGCUUGGCACGAGCCACGGCGACGUGCACAUUUACAAUAUGCAGAGCCACAUAUUCCGCCGCUCGUUCCUCACGGGAACGACUGAUGCCGUGGUCGAUAUUGUGACCGACGCGGUGAAUCAAGUGUGUCUGGUCGGCACGCAGGACGGCACGCUGCACUACUUUGACUUUCACACCGCCCAGCGCCUCGCCACGCAGCAUCUGGCCGCAGGGUGCACCGGUCUUUGCUUGCAUCGCGACUCGAAUCUUGUCGCAGCCAUGACCGACGACUUGGCGCUCCUGGUGAUUGAUAUCGACACCCGGCGCAUUGCGCGCCGCUUUACAGGCUUCCGCGGCAGGAUCUUAGACGCGUGCUUCUCUCCCGACGGACGCUGGAUCGUGUCGUGCAGCACAGACGGCGUGGUCCGCACCUUUGACAUUGCCACCGCACAGCUCAUCGACGCUUUCCGCCCGCCGAGUAUGGCGACCAGUGUCACCUUUUCUCCCACCGGCGAUUUCCUCGCCACCGCGCAUGUCGAUAGCGUCGGUGUCCAUUUAUGGGUGAACCGCGCCUUGUUUGCGCCUGUUGCACUCCGUGCAUUGGGCAUGGGCGACGUUUCUCAGGAGCGCGAAGCCGCUAUGCCGACACUCCAGGGCACCGCACUUGACACGGACGAAAUGGAUAUGGUCCUGGACGUGGGCGAGCCCGCAUUCCAACGCACAUACACAAGUCCCCCGCAGCUUCAUGACGGCGCGCGGCCUCUGAUCACGCUGAGUACAAUGCCACGCGCACGCUGGAUCACUCUCUUGCACCUCGACACCAUCAAGCGACGAAACAAGCCGCAAGAGGCGCUCAAGAAGCCCGAAAAAGUGCCCUUUUUCCUCGAGGCUGCGCUCCCAGACACGCACUCUCCGUCCUACGCGGCGCCUGCUUCCCCGCACAACCACGCUGACCUGCUGUUUGCCUCGAACAUGGAGCGCCGAUUACGCGCGGCUGUAGACGCGGGCGACGUUGCGCCCUUGUUUACCUACCUGCAUACCCUCCCGGCACCGCAGCUCGACGUGGAGAUCCGGUCCCUCGAAUCCACCGCGCAACAGACCUUGUUCCUCCAAGCGCUCGCACUGCGCCUCCACGCCAAGCAGGACUACGAGGCUGUCCAGGCCAUGCUUGCCGUGUUUCUGGACGCGCACGGCGAAGCGCUUCAAGCCAAUGGCGUCGAUCCGGAUAGCGCCUCGCCGGACCAAGGCGCGGCGCUUGCGCUUGCGCUGCGCCAAGUACUGGCUGAGCAGGAGCGCCAAGGGAGCCGGAUUAUGCGCACAUUGGAAUACUGUAUGGGAACAUUGAGCUUUUUGCGGCAAGUGCCGCUCUCGUAG